AUGGAUUUAACACCUGAGUGUCUUAACGAUUUGUUUUACCGUGUUUUUUGGGAAAACACUAAAGAACCUACGCUCAAAAAAUUUUUGGAUUUUCGGCUUCGUUCCGGUGACUUAGAGGAUAUGCAAACCGAGCAUAAUAAUUACAAGAAUGAGUUGUUAACCAUUAGUUCGCAUUAUGCCAAAAUAUCUGAAAUUGGGGAAAAAGUAAAAAAAUGGAAACUAACUUUUAAGGCAUGUUUAUAUUUACCUUAUUGGGAAAGACUGCUUGUUUGUUGGUGUGCACAUCUUCCAAUGAAUGGUCCUCGUGGACUACCUUUCGAUCUGCUUGUUCGUAAGGGAAAGACUGCUUGUUCGUCUGCGAGUGCUAAAAAGACGAAGCAAAUAAAAAUCUUCUGGGAGAUGCAUGAACAGAAGGAAAAUAUUAACAUGAAGAGCAAGUUACUUGAAGAACAAUACAAAUUGGAUCUUAUGCAGGCUCAGGCAGAAAUGACAGAAGUUCAGGUGAAUGGAAUUGUACACACUGCAACACAAUUAAACAAAGGUGCUCUUUCAAACUUAGAGAAUAUCGUUUCUACAAUUGCAUCUGUGAAAUCUGAAAUGAGGAACAAACGAGCUAAACUUGUAUUCAUCAUCUUUUGUAUUCUUGAAUUGCAUCAGUCAUUACACAAUUCCCCUGACAUUGUUGUUGAUGAAGAGUACAACGAAAUUGCAGAGUGUGAAUAUUUAAAAACUCAAAUGAUUCAAGAGUCCACUCAUACCACCACAAAUGAAUUACGUGAGAUUAUAAAUAAAGUAAAGAAUUCCACACAUCGGUUGUUUGAAUAUCGAAUCAUUGAUCUUUCUGACCGAAAUGCAGCAAACCCAGUGAAUAAAAUCUUCACAACCAGUGAAAAAGAAUUGUUAAAAGAUUUCUGGGAUACUUCUGAAGAAUCAUGUCAAUUUAAUACAUAUGACCCCAAAUGGGAAGAGAUUAUAAAACCUCUUUUGAACACUUAUGGUGGGGCUUUCAUUGAGCCUAAAUCAAUGUUUGAUGAUGUUCUGAUGAAUCUUGACAUUGUUAUGGAGAAGCCAUACAAUGGUGUCUUCAACUACAAACAGCAUUACAUUCUUUUAUGGGUACAAGAUUUGUAUAAGCGAUUCAUACUCAAUUUCAAGGCGCCAUUAAAUAAACUCACGGAUUCCAAGCAGUCAGAGUUCUCUUAUCGUGAAGAUUUUAUUUCACCAAUAUUAGCACGAGCAUUUGAUGAUUUAGAUACCAUUCGAUUCAGAACUGGCGAAAUUGAGAAUAUGUUAACAAAGAAACAAAGAAAUGAAACUGAACAACAAAAAUCUCGUAUCCGCCUUGGUUAUAACCAAGAUGGUAUCAUUGAAGUCAGUUUAAAUGCGACGGACUUGGAGAUUGGUUUCAUGGAAGUUGUUGGUAGUGCAAUUGAAAUUGACUUUAAAAAACUAGGUGAGGACACUGAAAAAGUCUUCAAAGCAAUGCAAAUCUCCAUGUUCUAUCAGAGACUAUAUUUCCUUCAACGUGGAGCCACUGAAGAUAAAAUCAAAUGCAUAGAAAGUUACGGAAUUGUAGUAUAUCAACGUGUAAUUACCAUUUAUACAAUGCAUCGCAUACCAGAAGGAAUAUACAUUGUUGAUAUACUUAUGCAAUUCUCUAUUCCUGAGAUCAAAAAUGAUUUCUACAUGAUCAAAGAACUUAUUGAAAAGAUUUAUUUCUUCAAGAUUCGUAUUAUGGAAUACUAUACAAAAAUGCGAGCGAUCAUACAGAAUCCAAGUAGAACAUAUAUUCAAACAAAAGAAUUACCAACUGAGGCAUCACCAUCAAAGACGUCAAAGAAGAUAUUUGAAAUUUAA